GUCUAGCCACCCUGAAUCUACAACCGAUCCAAGCUGGAUCGGGGUUCGCGGCCAAUCAAAUCGUGAGGGGCGGGAUCGGGGGCCGGGCUACCUAGUGACGACAGAGUGUGCGACGUUUCGUGUGUAGUCCCAGGGAGAAGUAAACAAUGGCUGCCCCUAGCGAAUUCACGGCGUCUUUCGAUUCAGCUUUGGCAACGACUCUAGAAGAUUUGGAUAUUCAUUUCACCUUGCGGGACCAGCAGAUAACGGCAUUAAAGUUUUUUCUGCAGAAAAGGGACGUUUUUGGAGUAUUGCCCACCGGAUAUGGUAAAAGCUUGAUUUACCAACUUGCUCCGCUGGUGGGGCGACGCAUGGGUCUGCUGCACAAACCACUGGUGGUUAUCGUGUCACCCCUUUUAGCACUUAUGGACGACCAGGUACAAGAGGCCGAAAAACUGGGUCUUACAGCUGCGCAACUUGGCAAAAGCGACCCGGAGGAGAUCCGAAGCGGGCGGUACCAGUUGGUGUUCGGGAGUCCGGAGUCCUGGCUUAACAAGGAAUGGCGAUGCUUGCUAGCCAGCAAAGUCUACCAAGACAACCUGUUGGGCCUUGUCGUGGAUGAAGUUCAUCUCACAUACAAAUGGGGAAAGGCUGCUAGAGGAGAGAAGGCCUUCAGAGAGAGUUUUGCCAGACUGGCCGAGCUACGGUCCAUUGUAAAACCAGGUGAGUAGGCUAUGAAAUGUUGUGACCCAUGACCAUUAUGAUCUCAGUCUGAAGAAAAGUUAUUUUACACUGUUCUCACUGCUGUUGAUCACAACCCGGCAAACGGAGGUUUCAAAAGUAAAAGUACAUUUGUGGUUUAACAAGACCAGUACACGAUAUUAGGGCCUGCACA